AUGCCGCGCCUGCCCCGCCAACGCCGCCGCUUGGGAGUGUUUUGUAAAUGGCUGCUGGCCGGAUGGGUUGUGAGCGUUUUCCCCGAGGGGAACGGAGUCUGUGCUGCAUCUGCCGGGGUGACGCAAGCGGCGUUGAGCCUGCCGGGCGACGGAUGUUCCAGGGUGGCCUUCAAUUGCUGUAGUAACCUGGGUCCAGGGCCUCGGUGGUGCUCCGAUGCCCCUCACCCACCCCUGAAGAUCCCAGGUGGGCGAGGGAAUAGUCAGAGGGAUCACAAUCUUUCAGCUAAUUUAUUUUAUUCUGAUAAUCGGCUGAAUGUAACAGAGGAAAUAACAUCCAAUAACAGGACAAGAAUCCUCCAUGUCCAGUCCAGGCUGACGGAUGCCAAACACAUCAGUUGGAGAACAGUGUUGAACAACAACAACUUAUACAUUGAAAUUCCCAAUGGCACUCUGCCAGAAGGGAGCAAAGAUAGUUUUGCAGUUCUUCUGGAGUUUGCUGAAGAACAGCUCCAAGUUGACCAUGUGUUUAUUUGCUUCCACAAGAACAGAGAUGACAGAGCCUCGCUGCUCCGUACUUUCAGCUUCUUGGGCUUUGAGAUUGUGAGACCGGGGCAUCCCCUUGUCCCUAAGCGACCCGACGCUUGCUUUAUGGCCUACACCUUCGAACGAGACUCUUCGGAAGAAGAAUAGAAUUUGCAGUGUUUUUGCCUUGUAGAGCUUUUUCUUGUCCUUUGUCAGAAGAUGAAAUCUGUAGAAAUUUUGUCAACAUCUUAUACAUACGCAUAUCUACGUGUGUGUGUGUGUGUUGUGCGUGCGCAUAAAUGACUUCUUUGUAUGGAUUAUUGUGUCAGGCUGCUCUGGUGGUGAUGGUGGUGAUUGGGGAGAUGUUGAAAAUUUCCAACUUUUGUCAUCUUUCUUUCUCUCUCCCACUUUCUCUUUUCUCCCUUGCAUUUUGUCCGCAUGUUGUGACCGUUCAAAAAUAAAUGCUCACUCCAAAUUAGCAGUAUAUUUCUUGGAAGUUUAAUAUUGUGUGUUUGUGAUACUGAAGUAUUUGCUUUAAUUCUAAAUAAAAGUUUAUAUUUUACUUUA